CAACUCCAGGUGGAAGUGAAUCCGCAACCUGAUUGGUCUGCUGGAGCAGCCAAUCAGGCGGCUGGCAGAAGUGAAUCUGCUACCUGAUUGGCCUGUAGGAGCAGCCAAUCAGGCUGCAGGCAGAAGUCAAUCCAUAAUAUAAUUGGCCCACAGGUGUAGCCCUGAAGUAGCCAAUCACGCAAGGCCCAUUGUGUAAAUAAUGUAUAUAAGCAGAUGGUUUGGGGAAAAGAGCCAUUCGUCUUCUCUUCUCCUCCUUGAUGACUAUGAGCUGAAUAAAGAGCAUGAAAUUCACUCUUGACUCCGAGUAUAUUUCACUGGCGACGAAGGUGGGAUUCUGCUGAGCUGACCGCCACCACGCACUGCACCGCAGCACCGCCACCUGCUGCACCGCUGCAUCGCACCGUGCAUCCAGGCUUCAGCUCCAGGACCCAAGGAACCCAGAAUGGCAACCGACAGCAGCUUCUCGCCAUUCAAACCAGCAUCAGGAGACUGGGAAGGGUACGCCGCCCGUUUCAACUUCCUCCUGCAAGCGAAAGAAGUCACCAACGAUGCCAUGAAGAGGGCGACAUUCUUCAGCGUCUGUGGAGAGGAGACGUUUGAAAUCGCCCGGGCUCUCCUUGCACCUAGAGAUGUUGCUACCGUCUCUUACAAAACAAUAAUGGAACGGCUGAAGGAGCACUUCUCACCACAGCCCUCGGUGGUAGCUUGCCGAAAUGCCUUCUACGCAAAGCGGCAAGCCCCGGGGGAAACCAUAACUGGGUUUGUGACCUCCCUCCGCCAAGCCGCCCGGUUAUGCAACUUCUCAGAAUUGGAGAACAUGCUUCGUGACCGCCUCGUCGGUGGCCUGAGGGACGAGAUGUUGCAACGACGCCUCUACGCCAAAAAAGACCUCACGUUCCAGAUUGCUCUGGAGGAAGCCCUGGCAACCGAAGCCGCCGAGAGGUCAACGCAAGAGGCACGACCGGCCCCGCCAUCCCAACCGAGGGUCUACCACGAAGACCUCACCGACGAAUCCGAAUCUGACAGGGAGGAAGUACACCGAGUACAGCGGCGCACUCAAGCAGCACACACACCACAGCAGCCUCGACGAGAAGGAGGGAACUGUGCAAGCUGCGGGGAGAACCACGAGAGGAGGACCUGUCGUUUCCGCAACGCAGAGUGCAGGCAGUGCAGAAAAUUGGGACACAUCGCCCGGGUGUGUCGGGCUCGACUCACCCGUCGACAAGCAUCAGAUGACCGACCCAGGAGCCCCAGGUCACACGGCACCAUGCACCAAGGCAACUCGACGGAGAUCACGGACUACCAGGGAUUCCUGGCGUCACCCCCUUCUUCGAUGAUGUACUGAUCGCCGGGCCCACACCAGAGGAAUUUGAGGACCGCCUCCGCUCCGUCCUGCACCGUUUCCAGACGGCGGGCCUCAAGGUGAAGCGGGAAAAGUGUUUACUGGGAGUGCCGCAGGUGGACUUUCUGGGAUUUAAGGUGGACGCAGAAGGGGUCCAUCCAACCGGUGACAAGGUACGGGCCAUUUGUGAGGCCCCAGCGCCCAAGAGCAAGCCCGAACUUCAGUCAUUCUUGGGACUAUUGAACUUUUACCAUGCCUUCCUUCCCCAUAAGGCAGCGGUAGCGGAGCCCCUACACAGACUCCUAGAUAAAAGGGCCCCUUGGGCGUGGGGCCAGCGACAAAGGGCCGCAUUCCAGGCAGUCAAGGACUUGCUCGUCUCGAACUCGGUCUUAGCACACUUCGACGAGAGGCUGCCAGUGGUGCU